AUGUUAUCUAUUUCAUUUGUAAAUAUCUUAGACUUUGUAAACAUCGUGAAUUCUAUAGAAAAAACGUAUGAUAUAAAUCAUCCGAAAUCCCUUCAAAUAAUAAAAUGUUAUAACAAUGAAAGAACAAUUUAUGAAAAUAUGAAAACUGAAUACAACCAAGAAAUAUGUGGUAAACUUAAACAACUCAAUCAAGGAGAUAAAAAUGGAUUAUCGAACUGGUUGACACUUCAACGUAUUCACAUCAAUUAUCUCAAUCUUGAUUUAUUUAUAUAUCGGUUCCUGUCAGAACUUGCUAGUGUCGUAACCAGUUAG